UUUUUUUCUCUGCUGCUCCACCGGGUGAGAGGCAAAUCUCGGGGGCCGCAGAGACAAUUCGGUUUUUCGCCAUCGUCAUCAUCGCUAUUAUUAUUAUUAUUUUUUUUUUUAAUCUUCCUCCUUUUCCCAUUUUGGAUCUUAACCCUUUGAUCUGUUUCCUUUAUAAGAAUAAUUCCCAACUCCCAUCAGGGGGAGAGGGAGGAGAAAUAGAGGGGAGGAAAAAAAAACCGGAGGGAGUCUGUGCGCUCAGCUGUUAGCGAGGUUGGUGGGGGACAAAAGUCCCUUUAAAAUAUUGAAUGUCAGUUCCAAACCUAAGAAAAGAAAAAUCCGAUCCGGAGCGCUAAAUUUAGGAGCUUUAUAUGGAACUUGGACUCCGCUGCUGGAUUUUGUAUGGAUUUUUUUCAACCUUUGGGAGGACAGACCCUGGCGUCCGCUUCUAAACUGCACUGACCGACUGAAGCGGGUGGGGGGUGUACGUCGCCAGAGGCUGCCGGCAGAGAUGGCCGAGAAUUGGAAGAACUGCUUUGAAGAGGAGCUCAUCUGCCCCAUUUGUCUGCACGUCUUUGUGGAGCCGGUCCAGCUGCCCUGCAAGCACAACUUCUGCCGGGGUUGCAUCGGGGAAGCGUGGGCCAAGGAGUCAGGCUUGGUGCGGUGUCCAGAGUGCAACCAGGCCUACAACCAGAAGCCCAACCUGGAGAAGAACCUGAAGCUCACCAACAUCGUGGAGAAGUUCAACUCCCUCAACCUGGAGAAGCCACCCUCCGUCUUGCACUGCGUCUUUUGCCGCCGGGGACCGCCGCUGCCGGCCCAGAAGAUCUGUUUGAGGUGCGAGGCUCCGUGUUGCCAGUCGCACGUCCAAACCCACCUGCAGCAGCCCUCCACAGCCAGGGGCCAUCUCCUGGUGGAGGCGGACGACGUGCGGGCCUGGAGCUGCCCCCAGCACAACGCCUACCGCCUGUACCACUGUGAGGCCGAGCAGGUGGCUGUCUGCCAGUUCUGCUGCUACUACAGCGGGGCCCACCAGGGACACUCGGUCUGCGACGUGGAGAUCCGCCGCAAUGAGAUCAGGAAGAUGCUGAUGAAGCAGCAGGACCGCCUGGAGGAGCGGGAGCAAGAUAUCGAAGAGCAGCUCUACAAGCUGGAGUCGGACAAGCGGCUGGUUGAGGAGAAGGUGAGCCAGCUGAAGGACGAGGUGCGCCUACAGUAUGAGAAGAUGCACCAGAUCUUGGAUGAAGACUUGCGGAAGACCAUGGAGAUCCUGGACAAGGCCCAGGCCAAGUUCUGCAAUGAGAAUGCAGCCCAGGUCCUCCACCUCAAUGAGCGCAUGCAGGAGGCCAAGAAGCUUCUCAGCUCUGUCCAGGUCAUGUUUGACAAAACCGAGGACAUCAACUUCAUGAAGAACACCAAGUCUGUGAAAAUCUUAAUGGACAGGACCCAGAACUGUACAGGUGGCAGCCUGCCCCCACCCAAAAUUGGCCACCUCAACUCCAAGCUCUUCCUGAAUGAGAUUGCCAAGAAGGAGAAGCAGCUCAGGAAGCUGCUGGAAGGUCCUCUGAGCACCCCUGUCCCCUUCCUGCAGAGCAUCCCCAUGUACCCCUGCACCGUCAGCAACUCCGGCGCGGAGAAGCGCAAGCACUCCACCGCCUUCCCCGAGGGCAGCUUCCUCGAGCCAUCGUCUGGGACUGUGGCGAGCCAGUACAUGAGCCAGGGCGCUUCAGCUGGCGAGGGGCAGUCCGCACAAGCCAUGGUGCCUUGUAGCUCCACGCAGCACAUAGUCGGACUUCCCAGCGGCCCGCAGCCGGUGCACUCGGGCUCCGUCUUCAACCCAUCUCACUACCCCAACACCACCUCAUCUCAGCAGUCCGUGCUCUCCCAGUACGGCGGGCGCAAAAUCCUCGUCUGCUCCGUGGAUAACUGUUACUGUUCCUCCGUGUCCAACCACAGCGGGCACCAGCCCUACCCGCGGUCGGGGCACUUCCCCUGGACGGUCUCCUCGCAGGAGUACUCCCACCCGCUGCCGCCUGCGCCCGCCGUCCCCCAGUCGCUCCCGGGACUUGCCGUGAGGGAAUGGAUUGACGCAUCCCAGCAGCACGGGCGGCAGGAUUUCUAUAGGGUCUACGGCCAGCCGUCGGCGAAACACUACGUCACCAGUUAACCGUCGCACUCUCCGGAGAGCCCUGCCGCUCCAUGGCGCGUUCGGAGAGAAAAGUCUGCUUUGGUUUGGC